UUGCCGUAGCUGUGAGCGUCCUCGCCGUUGCCAUGGAGAUCCUUUUCGCUCGUAGGUGAAACAGACGGAGAAAAAUGAGACGCGGAAAAAACAAGAAGAAAACUACGAUCACAGGUGACACACGUGUUAAAGAGGAGACAGGGACAAACUUAGAGGACACACGUGUUAAAGAGGAGACAGGGACAGAGGGGGAACAAGAAGAGAAGAGAAAAGUGGAACCGAACCUUCAGCCAGAGAAAGAGGACAUGUGCCAGCUCCCCUCCACAUUAUUGAACCUUAUUCUACAGAGACAUGAGGGGGAAACCAGUGGAGCACAGUGUCACGGGGAAGGUGUCGCUUAUUUUGAAAGAGGCCACAUGUACAAGGGUGAAAUGUUUUAUAACCAGAGUAAGACCUCAUCGUACAAAGGAGACUGGGUGAAGAACAGCAGAGAGGGAUUCGGAGUGAGAUGCUACCCCUCUGGUAACAUUUACUCUGGUGAGUGGAGGAACAACCUGAGGCACGGAGAGGGCACGAUGAGGUGGCUGCAGCUGGGACAGGAGUAUGCUGGGAUGUGGCAGGAUGGGGUCCAGCAUGGGCGAGGAACACAUGUCUGGAUGCUGAGGCAAACUGAUGGAGCCCAGUAUUCUCAGAGUAAUCGAUACACUGGGGAUUUCGUUCAGGGUCAGAGGCACGGACGGGGAACAUUUUUCUAUGCUGAUGGUGCAAUCUAUGAAGGAGAAUGGAGGAACGAUAAAAAACAUGGGAAGGGGAAAUUCACUUCUAAGGAUGGGCAUGUUUUUGAAGGAGAAUUUGUGGACGAUCACAUGAUGACAAACGAAUUGAAUGGAAACAGAGCUGGCACUCCUCUGUGUGGUGCACCUACUCUGUCAGGUAGUGCUUCAUCUGUGUUCGGAGCAGACGUGAGCCUGAACAUUAAAAGUCUUCUGGAUAAAAUCCCUCAGAAAAAGCGCAACACUGAACUCAAACAGUUGGAGUUUGUGGUGCUGAGGCAGGACGCAGAGCUGCGGUCCAUCUACAGCUUCUACUGCAGACUCGGUCACGUCAGCUCCUCAGACAACACCUUCCUGCUGUCCCGCCUGCAGCUCUGGCGCCUGCUCAAAGACUGUAACAUCCACCAUCAUGGCAUCACUCUGACAAAGAUAGACAGUUUAAUCCAAGAGGAUUCCACCACACAGGUCCAGUCUCCUUUUACCCUCAUCCCGCUUCGUAGGCUCCUCAGCUGUCUAGUGAUCGUGGCCCAUCACAUCUACAAUGAAAACAUGGAGUCACAAAAGUACCUUCUGGCUUCCUGCUUCUCCAAACUGAUGACGGACGACAUCCUUCCCAAUGCCAAGAAUGUCAAAGGUUUCCUGUUUGGACAACCAGACAUUUCAGCUGCGGCUCUGAACUACAUGAGUAGGUGCUGGGACGUCUAUCAGGCCAGGUGCAGGGUCCACGCAGCCCCAGGAGAUGACCAGACCAUGACCUGCAGACAGCUGCUGUGGAUGUUCAAGGAUCUGCGUCUGUUGGACAAUAACCUGACCACAGUGAGGUUACUAAAUAUCAUUGCUGCAGAGAGCCAAGAACCCAACAACGUGUCAUCCUGCCUGAAUCUGGAGAUCACAUUCCUGGAGUUUUUUGAGGUGCUCCUGGGCUGCGCUGAAGUGAAGUGUCAGCAGGUUUCUGAAAAGCUGGAGGAGAGCUGCUCCCCGUUCAGAUCAGAUGCAGAGUCCAGAGAUCUCUCCAAGGACGUCAGAGAGAGUCAACAAGAUGUCAAGACUAAAGUCUGCGAAGAACCUCGGUCUGCAGUGCACAGAGAAGAACAUAGAGCUGAGAGGAAGGACAUGGAGGCCAAAGACCAGACGAUUCAUCAGUUCUUCAACCAAAUUUUCUUUCCUGCAUUUGACCAUUACCAGUUAGUGACUAAAUACAUGGAGGAAGAUAAACUCCGUCAGAAGUUAAAUCAAUAGCAAAAGCCAAACGAGACAGGUAGACUAGAUUUGUCUUUGUUGGGUCAGUUGACAUUUUGAAGUCAAAAGCUUGAUAAAAUUGGUUUAUAUGCAUCGUUACAGUGGUUUUGUCAGAACAUGUUUAUGAAUUGGUGAGAAUAUAAGAUUUUUUCACUGUGUGCAUUAAACUUUUUCUGAUUUCAAGACAGAAAUUGCAAAAACUGAAUACUGACUGAAGUCUAAACAGCACUACUAGGACUAAUGUCACUUUUUAAAAUUCAUACUAUAGAAAAUUUCACAAAGCAGCCACCAGGUGGCAACUUUGACCUUCUAUUCCACUUUAAUCUUUGUUGGCUGUGGAUCAGAAGGAGCAGUAAGAGCUCAAACCAAACAAAAUCUAUA